AUGCUCACCUUCCGUCGCGCCCUUGUCGCCGCCGCGUGUCUUCUCACCAUCCUCUUCCUGACCACGCGGUCAACAUCGUCGCCCUUGUCAUCAACCUCAACCCCUCCUGUCUUGUCCGAUCAGAACGACGUUCCCGCCGAGUCAUCAAAACAAGCUUCAACAACAGCCCCGCCCUCUGAUCGCAGGCCUGCCGAUUCCGACUCCUCCAGCAGCAGCAGCAGCAGUCGCCAUGGCUACCCAUCGACCCAGAAGACAAUACAAGACAUGUCCAAGAUGACCCUCUACGAGAAGCUUGCCUAUCAAUACCCCUACGAUGUCGAGACGAGAUUCCCCGCCUACAUCUGGCAAACGUGGAGAUGGACACCCGCCAAUGCCGAGUUCACUUUUCGCGAGCAAGAGGCAACCUGGACCGAGCAGCAUCCUGGCUUCAUCCACGAGGUCAUCACGGACCAAGUCGCUCUGCACCUCCUGCGACUACUCUAUGCUUCGGUUCCCGAGGUUGUCGAGGCCUACGAGGCGCUUCCCCUGCCCGUUCUCAAGGCCGACUUCUUCCGCUACCUGAUCCUGCUCGCGAGGGGUGGUAUCUACUCGGACAUUGACACGUACGCCAUCAGGAGCGCGCUCGAGUGGAUUCCCGAAAAUGUGCCUCGCGAAGCCAUCGGACUUGUCAUUGGUAUCGAAGCCGACCCCGACAGACCGGACUGGAAAGAGUGGUACUCGCGCCGCAUCCAAUUCUGCCAGUGGACUAUCCAGAGCAAGCCCGGCCACCCGGUGUUGCGGGACGUGGUGGCGCGCAUCACCAAUGAGACGCUGAGACGUAAGAAGGCCGGCCUCCUGAGGGGUGUCAUGGACAAGAACGUCAUCGAGUUCACGGGCCCCGCCGUCUGGACCGACAUUAUAUUCGAGUAUUUCAACGACGAGCGAUACUUUGACAUGGAUCACUCGCCUGGUUUGAUCAACUGGAGGAAUUUUACCGGCAUGGAAGUCCCAAAGCGUGUUGGGGAUGUCAUCGUCCUCCCCAUCACCAGCUUCUCCCCCGGAGUGCAGCAGAUGGGGGCCAAGGACUACGACGACCCGAUGGCCUUUGUAAAACACGACUUUGAAGAACACUUCGCUUCGAUAGUUUCACGGUUCGGAGAUCGCCCUGCCGUGAUCGCAAGGUCCCCGACAGCAGGACAAGAUGCGCUUCCAUCACACGAAGUCCCACAGGCAAAGGAGACGGCACUGACCUACGAGAUGUUGGAUCUCGCAUCCAACGUCCUAGCAGACUCGUUACGGUCUCUGGGAGUCAAGAAGGGGGCCCGAGUGGCCGUCAGCCUGGGGAACUGCCCGGAAUUCGCAACCCUCACCUAUGCCAUCUUCAAGCUCGGCGCCAUCCUCGUGCCUCUAAACCCCAGCUUCAACGCCAACCAGGUUGCCGCCGCCCUCAACCACCUCGGCGUCGAGGUCCUGAUCAUAGGCGCGGUGACCGAUCUCACCUAUAAGCCGUGCCGUGGGCGUACAAACCUUCCCCUUCUGCAAGAGCUCGUCCCCGACCUGGCAUCCGGGAAAAUUGAGGCUCCUAGAAUACCCACGCUCAAGACCAUCGUCGUGGCAGACAACGCCUUAUCUCACCCGAAGGUCUCCUUUCCGCUUCCGUCCUUCCCAUCCCUGACCCCGCUCUCCACCCUUCUACCGACCUUCUACCCCUCGGCAUACAACCCCUCCAGCCGGCCCAUCACACCAGACUCGCCCCUAUCGGCCUCAGAGACUAUCAACAUCCAGUUCACCUCGGGCACGACGUCACACCCCAAGGCGGCCAUGCUCACGCACACAAACAUCCUUAAUAACGGCUACCUGAUCGCGUCGCGCAUGGGCCUCGACCCCUCGGACCUCAUCGUCUGCCCGCCGCCGCUCUUCCACUGCUUCGGCUCCGUUCUCGGCUACAUGGCGACCGCGACCACGGGGGCCGCCAUCAUGUUCCCCUCGCCGGCCUUCGACCCGCUCGCCUCGAUCCGCAUGGUCGCCGACCACCGCGCCACGGGCCUCUACGGCGUCUCGACCAUGCUCGUCGCCAUGCUCGAGGUGGCCGCCGCCGCCACCGGCAGCGGUACCAGCAGCAGCCUGUCGGGUCCCCCGGUCGUCGACCCGGCCCUCGUGGCCCGGUUCCCCGAGCACCUGCGCAAGGGCAUCGCGGCCGGGUCCAGUGUGCCCGAGUCGCUGAUGCGGCGGCUGUACGGCAGCCUGGGGCUGCGCGACCUGGUGAUCUGCUACGGCAUGACCGAGACGAGCCCCGUCAGCUGCAUGACGGCGCCGACGGACCCGCUGGCGAGGCGCACUGCCACCGUGGGCAAGGUGAUGCCGCACACGCGCGUCAAGGUCGUCGACCCGGCCGACCGGACCAGGGUGCUGCCCGUCGGCGAGAGGGGCGAGCUCGCAGCGGCGGGGUAUGUGGUCAUGAAGGGGUACUGGGGGGACGAGGAGCGGACUCGGGAGGUGCUGGUGGAGGAGAAGGAGCAAGACGGGGAGGGGACGGCGGUCUGGAUGUACUCGGGCGACGAGGCGAGCAUGGACGCCGAGGGCUACGUGCAGAUCACGGGGCGGAUCAAGGACCUGAUCAUCCGCGGCGGCGAGAACAUCCACCCGCUCGAGGUCGAGGACUGCCUCUUCCAGCACCCGCUCGUCGCCGAGGUCAGCGUCGUGGGCGUGCCGGACGAGCGCCACGGCGAGUGCGUCGGCGCCUUCGUCGUCCCGCACCGGGGCGUCGCCGUCGUCGAGGGCGAGCCGGGAGGCCAGGCCGCCCUCGAGUCGGCGGCCGGGGCCGUCGGCGAGACGGCCACGGAGGAUGGCGAGGGGCAGCCGCCGCUCCUGACUAAGGCCGACAUCCGCGAGUGGGUCGCCUCCCGCCUGUCGGCACACCUGGUGCCCAAGCAUGUCUUCUGGGUCGAAGAGUACCCCAAGACGGCGAGCGGGAAGAUACAGAAGUACAAGCUGCGGGAGAUGGCCAAGGAGCUGCUGCAUGGGAAGUAG